AUCACCUUCAAAGCAGGACUUAGCCACAGGUCGGUAUAUCAAUAGCAAGUGACCAUCGUUCAUAUGGCGCCUUGAGGCGAUUGGGUCGGCGCGGCUACCUAAGCUGAUAUCGAAUGCAUCGCCUCUGAAACAUGCCAUUUGCGCAUUACUGGUGCAUCAAUGCAUCUCAACACGCAAGUGUUGGACCAUUUACCACACAUGCUGCGGAGCGCAGCUCGGGACAUGCCAGAGAGACACAAUAGUCUAUAUGCGGUCGUUGUAGCUCGAUGACGAAUCCCAAUCCUAGAACCAACGCUGCCUUCGCGGCUGCGCAACCUCCUCAUGAUGGUCUAUUUCCGCCAGCACGGCCUCUACGAGAUGCUCGCUCCCCAUCCAACGCCAGCUUUGUCACUGCCAAAGCCGGGUUAUCCUACGGUCGAUCCGCAGGCCCCGCUCCUGGUACCUUCACCGCCGACCUUCAAUCAAUCACUUCGCGGUUAGAUGGUGGACGUCCAGAUUUCGGAAGCUACGCAGGGUUUGAUGAUACCUUCAGUGAUCAGGCGGCUACAGAGCAGAGGCUCGCCGGAUAUAGACAAGAGAUUGAGAAACAAACACGAUUGAAGGCAGGAACCGAAAAUCUUCUCGAAGCACUGAGUUCAAAAAAUGCCAAAAAGUCGCGGGACCAGCGGAUAGCCGCCGAAAGUCAGCUGAACACCUCAAAUCGGAAGAUCGCGCAGCUGAAGCAAGAUCUUGAAGCUGAGAUUCAGCGGAGCAAAGAUCAGCCUGCAAGUCCUUCCGGGCGGAUGUCCAAACUGUUCUCGCCCCAUUCUCAACUCACGGCAACAACACCCCAGAGCGAUUAUGGAGACGGACAGGAUCCCGAACUGGAGUCGCCCAGCUACAUAUUAGCUGAGAUUUUGCAGGCCCUGGAGGUCGGAGAAAUGCAGCCAGACUAUUAUGUCGAUCAGGCUAAUAGCCUAGUGGAGCUAUUUCGGCGACACCCAACGUUAAAAUACGACCUAGCAUGGUCGAUAUUUGGGCUGAGAAUGCAGGUGAUGCUUCUGAGCGCUAGUCGUGAAGUCGUAGCUGCCGGUUACAGAGUCAUGCGAUAUGCUAUUACGGAUAGGAAGUCUCUGCAAACCAUUAGGGCUCUGCAGACCGAUUGCCUCGUCAUUCUAUCUCUGGUCAAGGAGAGCAAGGCACGGGUCGAGCGUGAGCAAGCCAUAAAAUUCAUACGCGCUUUCUUAGACGUGAAGGACGGCACAAAGGAAAUACAUCCUGCUGUCGCGAGGAUUGUCGUAGCUGUGGCGGACCAUACUGACGACCAAUUGCGUAGUAUCGCUAUCUUGACAUUAGCAGAAAUGCUACUCAAGGACCCAAUGCUUGUCGUCAAUGCUGGAGGGGUGAACGUCCUGGCGGAGGCUAUGGGAAGCGGAGUCUACCAUGCCCCCGAGACUUUGCUCGGCCCACUUUUACAUCUCAUGGACUUACCCUUGCGAAGAGAUAUCCUAAGAUCCGGGUUCGAAUUCAGCUCUGCAUUCGCAACCUUUGUGGAGCCGCAAUCCCACGCCAUGGAGGAGAAGCUGGCAUCAAGCUCCAGAGUCAUCGUGGGUCUGUUCAGGAGCUGGUCAGGACUUUUCACUCUCUCCCUUCACGACUUCUUGCCUGUACGCUCGAUCGUUUCAUCGUUAUACAUUGCCGAUAUCCGAGUGCGUACCGCCACGCUUGAUGUACUCGUUGACAUCCUUCGGCUGGAAAAACGAUCGUGGUCGACUCCUUUCAUAGGUGGCCGACGACUUACUACAUUUGCAAGGGUGGCGAACUUGCAGCACGAGCACGAUGCAGCACAGAAUUCGUCCCCUUCUGACGACACUGACCGUAACAAACGUAAUCUCGUGCAUCAUUUCACGGCAGUCUCUCUUGCGGUAUUACUCCGUCAAGGCUUGAUGCAAGCCCUACUGCACUCUGAACGGGACUCUCCUACGGAUGCAAUUCGCCGAAGGACGGGCCUUAUCAUAGCGGAAGUGCUGAAAAAGGCCAGUGAUCUGCUGCCCACAUCUUGGAGCGGCGAGCUUCAAACCUUACCUGGACUAUUUGAUGCGGCUCUCCGGUUCGGUGAUCAUGAUCGGCUGUUAGCACUCGCGACAGUAUUUCAGGUCGACAAGGUCAACUUAAAGUUAUGGCGCUCGGAGUCAGAGAUGAGAUCGCCCACCGGAGUGCAGCCCGAGUCUCAAGGUGCACGCUCGCGAUCUGCCUCGAAAGCUCAAACAGGAGCAGUCAUGGAUGAGGUGCAGCUGAAGCAGAAAAUGCUUGAAACUGAAGUGCUGAGUACGGUGAACUACGAGAAGUGGGACUGGCCACUCAUAUUAGAGCUCAUCGAAGGGCCUUUGACAAACCCAAAGCACCUUCCCGAAGCUACCGAUCGAUCUAAGUUCGUGCAUCGACUUCUGAAAUUCUUGAAGCCUUUCCAAUAUCGGUUCUCGGAGGCCAAAAACACCAAGGCAAAUCAGCGCUACGUACGAAUGGCGUGCACCUUGGUCAAGACGCUCUUGCAGACACCAGAGGGCGCAAGUUACCUAGGGAAUAGUAAAACAAUCCGUCAACUCGCUGAGUGUCUCGCUCAGGUCGAUACAGCCUCCGGUAUCAUGUCAGCAGCCCCAAUGUUCUCUCCAGAUCGACUGACAGACAGGCUUGUCGGGGGAUACUUCGCGAUGUUAGGCACAAUGUGUGGUGACCCGCGCGGUCUGCAAAUCUUGGAGCGAUGGAAGAUCAUCAACAUGUUCUAUCACAUCGUUGACGUGAAACAUCGCGAUGAUUUGAUCCGAUGCCUACUUACGAACCUUGACUAUACCCUUGACAGUCAUCCGCGAAUCAUAUUGUCAAAGGCAAUGAUUGCAGCGUCAAAGCCGAUGCGUAUCCUUGCCACAAGAAUUCUUCGCCAGUACGCCAUUGAACCCAUCGAUCUGACUAUUACAGGAGGUGGACCUGCAGAGUGGGCGAUCAAAUUGCUGGUCAGCCAGCUUUACGAUCCCGAGAUUGAAGUCUGUGAAGUGGCCAUCAAGAUAUUAGAGGAAGCGUGCGAGCGAGUGGACUCACUCAAAUAUGUGGUCAAGUGCCGGCCCGCCUUGGAUCAUCUUGGCGAGAUCGGCGCUCCGCUCCUGCUUCGCUUCCUCUCUACGUCUGUCGGAUACCACUACCUAGACGGCCUAGACUACAUCACGCGAGAGAUGGAUGACUGGUUUCUAGGUCGCAAUGAUAGCUACGUGACUGUGGUGGAAGCAUCUCUGGCACGCGCGUUGUCUGACGUCCCUGAAAAGCUACAAUCCACUCUCGAUGAUAACAUUGGUCCACGCGAGUUAGGUCUCGUGCCGCCGCAUUUCUAUCGCGAGCUCACACGAACUGCUGAAGGCUGUGAGCUCCUCAAAGCGAAAGGACAUUUCGAAGAAUUUGCGGCCACAAUUCAAGACUUCGCCGACGAACAAGAAGAUGCCGAGACCAUCUUGAAAGUCAAGGGUUGCCUCUGGGCUGUCGGCAAUGUCGGCUCGAUGGAACUUGGCGCACCUUUCCUCGAACAAACCGAUGUCGUCAAGCACAUUGUGCACAUUGCGGAAAACUCUCAGGUCAUGACACUCCGUGGCACCGCCUUCUUCGUCCUCGGCCUGAUCUCCCGCAGUCUGCACGGACAAGAGAUUCUCACAGAAUACGGCUGGGAUGGCACGACCAAUCUCAUGGGCGAACGGCUGGGCUAUGUUCUCCCACUGAACUUCGGGAAGCUAUUCUCCUUAUCUUCGUUCUCGACGCACGGUCGACCAAACAGCGUCCUUGCCCGCCGGCGGCCGGGACCCAUCACCGAUCUAGACCCAAUUAACACUGAAAUCCUCGCCGCCAUCACGAAGCUUGGCAACACGGUUCUGAUGAACAAGGCCCUCGCCGAGCUUGGCGCACUGCGACACAAGAAAGCCGCCGGUUUCCAGUCACCAGCUCUAUUCCGUAAAAUCAUGGUCCUGCUCGCAUCCCAUGCGUACCGCAUCCCACAAUAUCGGUUUGUGAUAGAUCUAUUCGACAAAAACGUGCUCCGUAGGAUUGUAUUGGGCGAAGAUGAGUCUGAGUCUUCUGAGGAGGAGGGCUCUGCAUCGUCACAGGAGGACGAUGACAGUACUUGAAACGAAAGAAGAGUGCUCGCGCACUGAUGAAAUCUGAUGAAAUGGCGUUUGGGCAGAGGCAGGGAUCGAGACGGAUCUGCAGCGAUCUGUGUGGCAAACGGAGCUCGGUGCGUUGACUUAUGUAUCUGAAAAUGUACACUUGGGAUUCACUUGACGAAUUGUACUCCUCUCU